UUGAAAUAGCCUCUUAAGGCUACCAACAUAGUCAAACCUGGGUAAGUGAGAACUGGAUAAGUGAGAAAACUCUAUAAGUGAGAGUAAUAGCCAAGACCCGUCAUUUUAAGCUCCCAAAACCUCUAUUAGCGAGAAACAGAAACCUCUGUAAGAGAGAGUCGUUUUUCCUUCAUGGACCUCCGUAAGUGAGAGUGCUACUUGUCUAUACCUCUAUAAGCGACAGUCGAGCUUUAUUUAUUUAUAUUAUUUAGGAGGAACAAAUGACAAAACAAAUUACAAAUUUAACAUCUGCUAUUUUAUGACUCAUUCUUAACUUUCGUGAAACUUCCUAUACCCUUGUUUUUGUAUAUAUUAAACCUAUUCUAUUUCGUGGAACUAAAUAACGUUGUUAUUUUAUAGCAUUUUUUUCGAAUGGACACGUGUGCCUGUGUACCGUCCUGUUUGUCGGACUUACUCAGUUUAUCGUUAAACAAUUGCGAAGUAAAGUUCUGUUCUGCAUCAUGUCAAAACGGAAAAUUAAAGUACUGUUUUAAGUGAUCAACUUAAAAUAUUGAGUGCGUUUGAAUCCGGAAAAUCGCGAAAUGAAAUUCAGAGGGUGCAUUAGCGAGAAACUCUGGUUAGUGAGAAACCUCUAUAAGCGAGAAUGAGAUUGUGCUCCCUUGAACUCUCGCUUAUCCAGGUUUGACUGUAGUUCUAUGGGCGCGUCCCUUUUGCUUAUCCAAUGGACGAAUCAAUCGAACAAAAACAUGUUUUUGGAUUAGGUACAUUACCUACAUAAUUUGUGACAUAAUCUACGACAAAAGCACAGAAAAAAAAGUGCGUCUUUAGUGUUUAUUCAGGUUUAAGUGUGUAAUAACGAUGGUUUAUUAAAUGUUUAAUAUUUGUGAAAGUGCACAAAUUUGGGAAACUGAAACAAAGCCGCUGGACGUAGCUUCUCGGGAUCCUCCAAAAAGUACACUGAAAAAAUCUCAGUAAAUUACCAUCAUUUUACCGAGAUUAUACAUUUCAUUCCAUAUAAUUUCAUCUCAUUUCAUUUAAUCUCAUCCCGGUUGAUUAAUGUCCCAAAUUAAUCAUCUUCAUUUCAUUUCAUUUCUCUUCAUAUUGUAAUUUUUCAUAAAAUUAAGACAUGACUUAAAGGUCUUAGUUACUAGGUCAUAAAAUCCCUUAAAAAAAGUGCUUUUUUUGCAAAUAGUAUAAGUACAUGCAUAGAUUAUACACUUAUUAUAUUUGAGAAGUACAUGUACAAUUGUACAUGCGUAUGUACCAUAGGUACAUACGGUACGGUACGUAAUUAAAACAAAAAAAUUAUGUUAUCUAAGAGUAACAAUCACAAUGGUUCAAAAAUAUUUAAUUGGAAUAUAUUUAAUUAUGUUUUUAAGUAGCACGUUAUCUGAACCAAUCACGAUAUCUUUAGUUGGAUCAGCUAUCGUUCUUGCUAGCGGAUGGUAUAAAUGGGAUACUUUAAAGGAUGCCACAUAUUGUAAAUUUACAGAAUGUUGUAAUGAUUAUCACAUACCUUUUGAUGUACAAAAAUUGAGAGAUUCUCUUUCACAGCGAAUGUUUGGUCAGCCACUGGUCAAUGAACUUUUCAAUAUUAUCUCAGCUCACAAAGAGAAUAUUAAUGAAAGCAAUGGGAACAAGAAAGCUCUAGUAAUAAGUCUCCAUGGCUGGUCAGGUGUUGGUAAAAAUUUUGCCUCUACAAUGAUUGCCGAAGCUAUCUAUCGCAAAGGCAUGCAGAGCAACUAUGUAAAACUAUUUAUGGGUAAAAAAGAUUUCGAUUGCUAUGAAUUGGAAAAGAAAAAACAAAUGUUAGUUAAUACAUUGAACACUCUGGUGAAGAAAUGUCCCAAAUCUCUGAUUAUCUUUGAUGAGAUACAUCACAUGUGUCCAUCAGUGCUUGAUACAAUAAUACCAAUGCUCGAUCACCACAGUGCUGUUGAUGAGGUGGAUUAUAGAAACACCAUCUUUAUUUUUAUAUCAAACAUAGGAGGACAUGAAAUAGCAACAAAGCUUUUAGAACUCUACGAAAAAGGUGUAACUCGAUCAGAAGUUGAAUUCCGUGAUUUUGAACCUAUCAUUCGGAGGACAGCAUAUUUCCAAGGUGGCUUCGAGAAAGCGGCCGCCAUUGCACACCAUUUGAUCGAUCACUAUGUACCUUUUUUACCCUUGGAACAACAUCACGUCGAAAUGUGUGCACUUGCAGAAUUUAAAGCUAACGGCGUUGAAAAGCCGUCGAAGAAAAUGAUGGCGGAUGCCUUAACUGUUAUAACAUACGGUCCGCCAGAGACUCAACCUAUUUUUGCAAAUAAUGGAUGCAGACGAUUCACAAGACACAUUCCAUAUGUAAUAAAAAAGCACACUAGAAAAACAGAAUUAUGAAACAUAUACUAAUUAAAAAUAUUAUAAGGUUUAA